AUGUGACGAGUUCGGUACCAGGCAGGUUGUGGGAGGCGCAGGGGUUUGACAUAAACAAACCGCGACGGCGCCGCUGCAGGCGCUAUGGCCGAGGCGGUGAGACCCCAGCGCCGGGCCAAGGCAAAGGCCUCCCGGACCAAAACUAAGGAAAAGAAGAAAUAUGAAACCCUUCAGAGGGAAGAGUCCAUUGAAGGCUCCCUUCCAGAAACCUCCAGAGAGCUGGAAUUCCCUCCUCUGGCAUGUGAAUUCAAAAGAGACAGUCUGAAGGUGUUAACUGACUCCCAGCUACAGAAUGAUGCCAGUGGACCAAAUGAGCAUGAAAUGUUUGAUGUACUACUCACCUCCUUAACUAUAAGCAAAGAAGAGUCUCUGACAAGUGCCCCAGAGACCCUAAAGGAAGGAGAGGAGGUCAGAGCCUGUGCUGGGAACAAUGCAUUCAAGCCCAAGGCCGGCCCUGGAGACAGUGUUGGAACCCAAGUAGAAACCCUCAAGAACUUUACAGAAGUUGAGGAAGAUAAAUUGGCAAAAUGUGGACUUUCUGAAAGCUCACUGAAAUUGAAUUUUUCUUAUACUCAGCAAGAAAUGGAAAAUUUGCAGGUCAUAGAAACUCAGGAUAGGAAAGAAGGCAAACAAGCCUUGGACCUUUCUUCAGAGGUGCUACAAAAUGUGGGCUUGCAGAGUUCUUGUGAAGCCAAAGACAUUUUUCAGCUACCUAGAGUGAAAAAACUGUAUCCCCAGUUGCCAGCUGAAAUUGCUGGAGAAGUACCAGCUUUGGUGGCAGUGAGACCUUUGCUUCAUAAUGAGCGACUCUACCCGGAGCUCCCAUCUCAACCAGAGCUAGUAGCAUUUACAAAAGAACAGCUAAAAAUCUUUGAGCCUGGUUCAUGGCUGGAAAAUGUUGAGUCAUAUUUAGAAGAAUUUGAUAGCAUGGCUCAUCAGGACAGGCAUGAAUUUUAUGAGUUGCUUUUGAACUACUCACGAUGUAGGCAGCAACUGCUGCUUGCCGAAGCCGAGCUGUUUGCUCUGGCAUCUGAUUGCCAAAAUGCUAAAAGUCGACUCUGGCACUUUAAGGAAGAACAGUUAUCUGUACAGGGUAUCUGUGCAGAUCAAGUGAAAGUUUCAGGUUAUCAUCGCUACCAAAGAGUAGAGAUGAAUGAAAAUGCACUGGGGGAGCUAAAGAAGCUAUUUGAUGCCAAAUCUGAGCACCUCCACCAGACCCUGGCUCUGCAUUCUUACACUUCUGUGCUCUCAAGGUUGCAAGUGGAGUCUUACAUCUAUGCAUUACUCAAUAGUUCCGCUGUCCUGAGAACUUUAGCAAUUCAUCAGCAAGGCCAAGCUUCUGAGCAGACAGACAGCGUUCCCUCUGAUCUGUGUCAGCUAAAGGAGUGCGUUAGUGUCUUAUUCAUGUUCACCAGGAGAGUUCAUGAAGACACUCAGUUCCAUGACAAUAUUCUUCUCUGGCUGCAGAAAUUGGUAUCAGUGUUACAAAGAGCUGGUUGUCCUGGACAUCACUUCUUCCUCUUAAACCAUAUUCUUCGAUGCCCUGCUGGUGUUAGUAAAUGGGCUGUUCCUUUCAUCCAGAUCAAGGUGUUGAAUAACCCAUCAGGGGUCUUUCAUUUUAUGCAGUCCCUUGCCCUGCUAAUGUCUCCGGUCAAAAAUCGAGCAGAGUUCCUAUGCCACAUGAAGCCCAGUGAGCAGAAGCCAUCUUCCUCUGGGCCUGCAUCUGGGACGUGGACACUUGUAGACGAGGGAGGAGAAGAGGAUGAAGACCCUGAGACCAGUUGGAUUCUCCUUGAUGAAGAUGACUUGGUUGUCCUUUUAUCACAGUUUCCAUUUCAUGAAUUCUUUCAACAUCUGCUUGGGGUUAAAGCAAAAGGUGAUUAUUUACCUGAAACAACAAGACCUCAAGAGAUGAUGAAAAUUUUUGCCUUUGCUAACUCACUAGUGGAACUUUUGGCUGUGGGGUUGGAAACCUUUAAUAGAGCGCGCUACAGGCAGUUUGUGAAGCGAGUUGGUUACAUGAUCAGGAUAACCCUUGGUUAUGUAAGUGACCACUGGGCACAGUAUGUGAGCCACAACCGAGGUUUGGGAUUGGCCCAGCAGCCCUACUCCACAGAGAAACUACAGGUUGAAUUUGAUGAGCUAUUUUUGAGAGCCGUCCUCCACGUGCUGAAAGCCAAAAGACUUGGCAUUUGGCUGUUUAUGUCAGAAAUGCCCUUUGGGACGCUGUCAGUCCAGAUGCUCUGGAAGCUCUUCUACCUCAUGCACCAGGUAGAGAGUGGGGAUCUGGAGGGGCUCUGCACCACCCUCCAACCCUCCGAGUGCAAGAGGCAGCUCCAAGACCCAGAACAUUUUGUGAACUUUGAGAAGUGUCUUUCCUCCAUGAAUAGCUCGGAAGAGAUUUGCCUUCUGACUACAUUUGCUCAGAUGGCUCAAGCCAGAAGAACUAAUGUGGAUGACGACUUCAUAAAAAUAAUUGUUCUGGAGAUAUAUGAGGUGUCUUAUGUCACUUUGUCCACCAGAGAGACUUUUUCAAAGGUUGGUCGAGAGCUUUUAGGGGCCAUCACAGCCGUUCACCCUGAGGUAAUUUCUAUCCUUUUGGAUAGAGUUCAAGACACCAUUGACCAGGUUGGCAUGGUUUCUUUAUACUUGUUUAAAGAACUGCCUUUGUAUCUUUGGCGACCUUCUGCCUCUGAGAUAGCUGUAAUUCGGUGUUGGUUGUUGAAUUAUAACCUGACAACAGUGAAGAAUAAAUUGGCCUGUGUUAUUCUAGAAGGACUGAAUUGGGGAUUUGGUGAACAGAAGAAUACCCUUCAUCUUGAUGAAGCUGUCCAUGCUGAAGUGGCGUUAAUGAUUCUUGAAGCAUACCAGAAGUACCUUGCACAGAAACCAUAUGCUGGGCUUCUUUCUGAAAGUAUGAAGCAGGUUUCAUAUUUGGCCAGUAUCGUUCGAUAUGGAGAGACACCUGAGACCUCAUUUAACCAAUGGGCCUGGAAUUUGAUCUUGAGGUUGAAACUGCACAAAAAUGAUUACGGAAUACAGCAGAAUCAUCCAAAUGUUCCCUUCUCCAGCACUGUGCCUGACAUGACAGAGUCACCCACGUUUCAUCCUCUCUUGAAGGCUGUUAAGACAGGCAUGCCCUUUGGCUGUUAUUUGGCCUUAGCUAUGACAGCCGUGGGCCACAGCAUUGAGAAAUUCUGUGCAGAAGGCAUCUCCCUGUUGGGAAUUCUGGUCCAGUCAAGGCAUUUGAGAACAGUGGUCCACGUCCUGGAUAAGAUUCUACCUUUAUUCUACCCUUACCAGUAUUACCUUCUGAAGAAUGAGCAGUUUCUGUCACAACUCCUUCUGUUCCUGCACUUGGACAGUGGCGUGCCCCAGGGUGUCACGCAGCAGGUCACCCAGAAGGUGGCACAGCACCUGACAGGAGCCAGCCAUGGGGACAAUGUGAAGCUUCUCAACAGCAUGAUCCAGGCCCACAUAUCUGUAAGCACUCAGCCCAAUGAAGUGGGCCCUGUUGCUGUAUUGGAGUUCUGGGUUCAGGCUCUAAUAAGCCAACAUCUCUGGUAUCGAGAACAGCCCAUCCUCUUCCUCAUGGAUCACUUGUGUAAAACAGCUUUUCAGCUGAUGCAAGAAGACUGUGUGCAGAAAUUACUCUACCAGCAACAUAAGAAUGCUUUGGGCUACCACUGUGACCGGAGUCUGCUCUCUUCUUUGGUGAGCUGGAUCGUGGCAGGCAACAUCACGCCUUCCUUCGUGGAGGGCAUCGCCAUGUCCACUCAGGUCUGGUUUGCAUGGACAGUGUUGAAUGUGGAAUCCAUUUUUGAAGAAGAUUCCCAGCUCCGAAGAGUUGUUGAAGGGGAAUUGGUUAUAAACCCUGCUUUUACCCCUGACCAAGCUCUGAAGAAAGCCCAGGCCCAGCUCAAGCUCCCCAUCGUCCCAUCCCUCCAGAGGCUGCUGAUUUACCGCUGGGCCCACCAGGCUCUCGUUACGCCUUCUGAUCACCCUCUUCUGCCGCUCAUUUGGCAGAAGUUCUUCCUCCUGUAUCUUCACCGCCCUGGACCGCAAUAUGGGUUACCCAUAGACGGUUGUAUUGGAAGAAGAUUUUUUCAAAGCCCUGCUCACAUCAGUUUGUUGAAAGAAAUGAAGAGGCGCCUGACUGAGGUGGCUGACUUCCACCACGCUGCGAGCAAGGCCCUGCGUGUUCCAGCAGAGGGCAGCGAAGGGCCGCCAGCCAGCCAGGCCGGCACCCCUGGUUACCUGACUUCCCCAGAACUGCACACGGAGCUCGUGAGGCUUUUCAAUGUAUACAUAUUAUGGCUAGAAGAUGAGAAUUUUCAAAAAGGCGAUACCUAUAUCCCUUCUCUACCAAAGCAUUAUGAUGUUCACAGGCUAGCCAAAGUGAUGCAGAAUCAGCAGGAUCUGUGGAUGGAGUAUUUGAACAUGGAGCGCAUACAUUAUGAGUUCCAGGAAACUGUUGGUCUGUGGAUACAGGCCAAGCUUGAGUCCCAUUCUGCAACCUGCAGUUUGUCACUGCAGCUGGACUUCUCUGAUCCUUUGCUGGCUAAAGAAAGGGUUUUAAGUAACUUGCAGAAGCAUGAGGCUCCCCAGCCUCCUCUUGUUCUGCACCCAGUGAGGCCUCCGGUACCACUUAUUUCCUCCGCCACACUCCUCAGUCAGAAGGACACUGCGCAGCUGCUGCGCACAGACCUGCAUCUGUUGCAACAGCAGGCCAGAACUGCAGCGCUUCGGGAAUCCCAGCAGGUUGCUCUGGACGGUGAGUUGUUGGACACAAUGCCCAAACAGUAUGUCAACAGAGAGGAACAGACCACACUCCAUUUGGAGUGUAGAGGAAGUAGUGGGAAGAAAUGCCAAGGAGCAGCAGUUACAACAGUUCAGUUUGAAGGUAUGCAUAAAAAUGAAGCAAUAACCCAACAACUUCACGUUCUGCGAAAAGAAGUGAAGCAGCUGCAAGCAGAAGCUGCUAAACCACCAUCACUUAAUAUUGUGGAGGCUGCUGUACAUGCAGAAAACUUGAUUACGGCCUUAGUGAAUGCCUACAAGUUACAGCCUGCUCCUGGGGCCCAGAAGGUUGGCAUUAGCCUCUUCUUUACUGUUGUGGAUUACAUCAGUGAUGAGACACAGCGCCAUCCCCCCACAAGGCAGUUUUUUACUUCAUGCAUUGAGAUCUUGGGACAGGUAUUUAUCAGUGGCACUAAGUCAGAAUGCAGAAAAGUUCUGCAGACCAUUCUGAAGAAUAGAAGGCUCUGCUCUCUCUUGUCUCCUUUCUUCACGCCCAAUGCCGCCCCUGCAGAGUUCAUACAGCUCUAUGAGAAAGUGAUGAAGUUUCUAAGUGAGGACAACAGUGAUGUGAUUUUCAUGCUGUUAACCAAGUUUGAUCUUAAGCAAUGGUUAAACGGCACUAAACCUCCUCUGUCUGAUCGUACCAGGCUUCUGGAGUCAAUUCAUUUGGCACUUACUGCCUGGGGCCUUGAACCAGAUGAAGAUAUUUUGAUGCCGUUUAAUCUUUUCUGUAAGCACUGGACUUACCUUCUUCUCUACCAGUUCCCUGACCAGUACAGUGACAUUCUCAGGCUGCUGAUGCAAAGCUCUGCCGAGCAGCUGCUGAGUCCUGAGUGUUGGAAAGCCACUCUGAGAGCUCUGGGCUGCGGCGCCCCGAACUGCCAGCAGGGGGCAGCAGCUGCAGAGAGCGCAGUGCUUCAAAGCUCUCCUGAUGUUCUCUUGUCAGACAAGCAGGUAAUGGAGACUAUACAGUGGCUCUCAAACUUUUUUUAUAAGCUUCGGUUAUCCACGUUAGACUUUAAAAGCUUUGGCUUGUUCUCAAAAUGGAGUCCUUAUGUGGCUGAUAUGAAGAUGUUCUUGGGCUAUCUUGUAAAAAGGCUGCUUGACUCAGAAAUGGCCUGCUUGGCCCAAGACCCAUCUGCCAGCAGCAAAACAGUACUGAGAUCCCUACAUUCAAUAGUCAUCCAGCUCUUUAAGCCAUGGAUCCUAGUUUUAGAGGACAGUGACAGCAGCCAACGAUACUACCCCUGGCUGGAGAGUGAUGCUGUGGUGGCCGCAAGCUUUGUGCAGUUGUUCACUGACUGUGUUGAUUCAUUGCAUGAGAGGUUUAAAGAUAAGCUGUUGCCAGGUGAUGAUGGAGCCCUUCGGUUACACCUUAUGCAUUACUGUGAAACGUGUACAGCCCCCAGAAUGCCAGAGUUCAUUCUGUAUGCUUUUCAUAGCGCCUACCGGAAGCUCCCAUGGAGGGACCUGCACCCUGACCAUAUGCUCAUGGAGGCCUUCUUUAAAGUGGAACGAGGAAGCCCCAAGAGCUGCUUCCUAUUUCUGGGUUCUCUCCUUUGUGAAGUCAACUGGGUCAGUGCACUCUCUGAUGCCUGGAGUCCCAGUCCCCACCCAGAGACCCGGAGCAUGAUCGUCUGCCUCCUUUUCAUGAUGAUUUUACUGGCAAAGGAAGAUCAACUUGUAGACCAAACAGAUUCAUCUCUACUUUGUCUCCUUGGACAGACAAGCUCACUGUCGUGGCAUCUUGUGGAUAUUGUGUCAUACCAGAGUGUGCUAGGUUAUUUCAGCAGCCAUUACCAGUCAUCCAUCAUCCUGGCAAAGGAAUCUUCUGCUGAAUUAAUUGUGAAGCUCCUGAAAGUUUCUGCAGGCUUUUGUGUUCCUACUGAUGGCCAGAAGCAUCUUGAUGCAGUUCCAAAAUGCCAAGCCUUUAUUCAUCAGAUGGUUCAAUUCCUCAGCAACCUGGAACAAAAUGGAAAAAUCACCUUAGCAGUCCUAGAACAGGAACUGUUUAAACUCUUGGAUGAUAUACUUGUCUUUAACCCGCCUGAUGUGGACAGCCAGACCCGCCACAUGGCCCUCAGCAGUCUCUUUAGGGAAGUCCUAAUGAUGAUGAACAAUGCAACUAUUCCAACGGCAGAGUUCCUCCAGGGCAGUAUCCGGGCCUGGAUUGGGCAGAAAGUGCACGGGCUGGUGGUGCUGCCCCUUUUAACAGCAGCCUGCCGGAGCCUGGCUUCUGUCCGACACAUGGCCGAGACUACAGAAGCCUGCAUCACUGCCUACUUCAAAGAAGGCUCCCUCAGCCAGAAUUCAGGAUGGGGCCCCAUUCUGGUGUCCCUUCAAGUUCCUGAGCUCACCAUAGAAGAGUUUCUGCAGGAGUGCCUGUCCCUGGGCAGUUACUUGACUCUUCAUGUCUACUUGCUUCAGUGUUUAAAUAGUGAACAGACUCUUAGGAACGAAAUGAAAGUGUUGCUCAUCUUGAGCAAGUGGUUGGAACAGGCGUAUCCAAGCUCUGUGCAGGAAGAGGCAAAGCUGUUUGUGUGGUGGCACCAGGCCUUGCAGCUGUCCCUGAUUCAGACGGAGCAGAAUGACUCUGUCUUGAUGGAGUCUGUCAUUCGAAUUCUGCUCAUGCUUCAGAGCAGGCAGAGCCUGCUGGCCGAGGAGAGACUCAGCUCUGGGAUUCUGGGAGCAAUUGGGUUGGGCCGGAAGUCGCCCUUAUCUAACAGGUUCCGAGUGGUUGCUCGAGGAAUGGCUGCCUUCCUUUCCAUUCAGGUUCCUACCGAGGAUCAGAUCCGUUUGAAGCCUGGCGCUGAAUUAUAUCUGACUCCAAAAGCUCAGCAGGCUCUGAAUGCUCUUGAAUCCUUGACAUCAAGUAAACAGUAUGUUGAAUACCAGGAUCAGAUAUCGCAAGCCACACAGUUUAUAAAGCAUCCUGGCCAUUGCCUGCAAGAUGGGAAAAGCUUCCUGGCUCUUCUUGUUAACUGUCUCUAUCCAGAAGUGCAUUAUUUGGACAACAUACGAUAGUAACACUAAGGCUCUUGAAAAACCCUGUUGCUGUUUAUGUUUACAUUUUAACUUUGCUUUUGCACAAGUAACUUUAUUCAGUUUCACUGCAGAGCUCAGUUUAGCCAAUGAAUUAGUUGACUGAGAUGCAGGUUGAGGAGCACUAGAUAAUUCUGUCGUUCAUGUGCACAUGUGUAUGUGUGUGUACGUGUGUGUUUUCUUAGCUCUUAAAACUUCUGGGGACAUACUAGUUUUUAUGUUCAUCCAACAGGAGAAACUUACCCUCAUUUGGUUUCAGAGCCACUCAAAGCUGCUGAAUGUCUCACAAGACUCUAGAUGGGGUUCUUUUGUAUGCCUCCAAUUCUGUCUUCUGUUUUUUUAAAUGUCAAGACUCCUGUGUCAGAUCUAAAUACUUUGGGAAUCAUGUAGAACCCUCACUGUUGAACACCAUUUGUGUUCCUUCAAAGUAAAACACACUUUGAUAAUUGCGUUUCCUAAAUGUGAGGAAAUAGACCAGCUUAAAAAUAUUGUCUUACUUCUUUUAGAAGGGAGAUAAGAAUGCUGAAUUAAAGUGAUUCAUUGACUAAAAUGUGAUCACCUAAUCCUGAUGACAGUGGACAGCAGAGAUGGUGUGAUGACAAGUCCAUUUCCAUCCAUCCAGCUGUGUGUGCUCACGGAGGAGCCAUCCAUCUAAAUCGGGUGGCAUGCUGGUGAUCUGUGUGAGCACAUGCUGGUGAUCUGUGUGAGUGCACGCUCGUGGUCUGUGAGCGCAUGCUGGUCGUCUGAGCGCACGCUGGUGGCCUUGAGCGCACACUGGUGGUCUGUGUGAGCACACGCUGGUGGUCUGUGAGCGCAUGCUGGUCGUCUGAGCACACUCUGGUGGCCUUGAGCGCAUGCUGGUGGUCUGUGUGAGCAUACUGUGCACAGAUGGGUUUGUUGGCCCACAUGUGCAGUGUAGUCAGGGUUACUCUCCUGUUCACUGUUGACACACGUUUCUGUUAUAUCUACCCCAGUCCAUUUCACCAUUAACAGCCCUUACUGAGCCCCUGUAGACUCCCACAAUUGCAACUCUUGAGAAACACCAGGUUUAAUGUCCAAGGCCCUGCUGUUGAGUUGGGGAGAGAGAGGAAGGGAGGGCUUGAGGGAAAAAUUGAGAGACAGAGACCAAGAGCCUGAUUCUCUGUUUCCUUCUGGCUUUACUCCAUAUUUAAAUUCAAAUGAAGGUGCAAACCUGCUGAAAUACUUGUCUGUGGAAACUGGGUCGGGUCAGGAGACUAAACAACAUUUGGCUUUUUUCAGUAGCCACGUGCCUUCUGGUGCUGACAGCUCCUUCGUUACCAGAGCCUGUCUGACGUUGCCCUGCUCUCCUGCCGUCUUCUUGCUCCUGUCACUUCCCUGCAGAGAGAGCAGUUUGACUUUCAUCAUCAUAGUCACAACUCUCUUGACUCAAAAUUGAUUUUGUUUGUCCAGCUUGUGUAUUGCUUUUGUAUGGCUUUCCUAUAGCCCGAGGAUAUUUGCCUAAAAAUGUCUGAACAGUCACCAGAGCGUUUAUCGGGGAUGAGGAUAUAGGUUAUCACAGUGCUAAUCUCUUUUUGAAUAUCCUUUUGGAGUACUUCCCCCCAUCUGGAAAUAUGUAGGAGCUGUUUUGAUUUUGAACUUCUUUGGAUGGAUGGAACAUUGCUGCCUCAUAGACAUGCUCUGAUAAAGGUCAUCGCUGUUCAGCCUCCAAGUUUUGUGGGCCACAGAGUGUCCAUCUCUGAGGGGACAUCUCAGAGCUGGCUUUGUUUUUGCUUCUCUUUUCAAAAUCAUUCAUCUUCCCCAUGCUGUGUAAAAGAAAAGUUUGGAAGCUAUGGAUAGUGUAAUGGCUGGCUUGGCAAAAAGAUUUUAUGACAGGAAAUGGCUUGUGUGCUGUUUUGUUUGAGGAGGGUAAUUAUUGAUGUCCUAGAAUGUGAAAUUUUUGAGUGAGAGUAUGUACAUUUUAAAGAACAUUAUGACCUGUUCACUUUUAAAAGUUUAUAAUAUUUAUAAUGUACCUGGUCUGUACAAAUUAUAAAAAAUAAAAUCAAUCUUUAGUUGCAGUUGGUAAGAAUCCCAUUUUUAGGGCUUUCACACUAGCUUGUAAAGUCUUCCAGUUAAAAUUGAUGAAGAUUUUUAUGCCUGAUGUCGUUGUAUUAUUUGACACUGUAACUUGAUUAUUAGAGAUGGUCAGUGAAACUGCUUCCUCUUUAAGUCUUUUGUGAUUAACAAAAAAGUGCUUUGAAGACACUGAGAAUAGUUUAGAAGAUGACAGCACUGCUAUAGCCCUUGGGAACGAGUAGACCAGCCUGCUGGCUUUCAGGAAUGACAAGCCUUUGCUGGCAGAAACAGGUGAUCUCCGGAGAGCACAGGGCCAGUUCCAGGAACAGCCCCUGUGCUGUGUGUAGGUCUCUGGAUCAAGCAAGACCCAGGCCUUGUCUGUGCAGAGCAGUGUUGAAGGCGAACUAGUGCAGACCCUCUGCACAGGGCUGCCCAUGGCACCUGGUUCACAGAGUGAUGGCUAGCAGCAUCCUGGUCUCUAUGAAAAGCACCUUUUCUGUACUCAUCUCCCACAGCACGCAAGGACCGAUCAAGAGGCACACGAGAUCCUCCUGCUUUCUGGCUCUUCCGCCUAACCCUUCAGGUGAGCAUGGCGGAAAGCUGGGAGUCACGGCGCUGAGGGAGGUCGGUCGUGCUCAUGUGUCUGCUCACUCUGACAGAGGAGCCAGGACCCCGCCCUGCACGUUCCCAAAGCUCCAGGGCAUGCCCAGGGCCUGGGCCCCCAGGCACGACCAUCUCAUGGCUUCACGUCUGCUUCUCUGAUGGCCUGAGUCUCUCAGUUCUUUGAAGUGGGGAAGCCUAGUCCAGAAAAUGAAAACCCCCAGAGCAGCUUAACCUCACUUUAACCAAGUGCCAACGCCACUGAUAAUUUUGAUCAAGCAGCAAAAUCAGUCCACGUUGUACCAGUCAACGGCUGGCAAGUGUUCAUGCCUCUUCUUUUUGAAUGAAGGUGAUGCACAGUUUUCUAUUGGAUUUUUAAUCCUAAAAUUAGUGAUUUUUCUCGAGCAUGAAACAAAUGUAGGUCACUGCAUUAAGGUCAGCAGGGACAUUAAAGCUCAUGGAGUCCCAUCUCUCACCUGCAGGGAUCCCCAGCCCUGCUCCCCUGCCUCUCCUUUGCCUUCUGCCCAUGGCCACUACCCUUCACCAGAACCGCUGGGGGGCUCUGCUUGUAGUUCCGCUUUAUACUGAGCCAAAACUGGCCUCUUGGUAACACUUGUCACAGUUCUGCUGGGACAGCCCGGGCUGGUGCUGCUCACCUGUCCCUUGCAACAGACUUUUGGACAUUGUCACACCUCGUCACAUCUCUGCCCUCCCCCAGUCCGCUACAAGCUAACUGCCCAGUGCUUUUUUAACUGGUCCUCUUCCCCGAUGAUAUCUACCAGGGCUGCCCUUCAGGAAAAGUGCCCCAACAAGCCCGUGUUAUUCUAAAAAGGCUGUGGCCAGAUUUAGCAGGGCCAGGACUCAGCAAGGGCACAGCCUUCAGGUGGCCCUCACCUGCAGACACCAAGAACGUGCCACCUCACGUCAUGUCCCCUGGUCUGGUCCCCUGCCCUGGGGCUUGGUCACACGAGGCUGGGCCAAACAGCUAAGUUCACUUCCCCUGGGCACUUGGGCAGUACCAGCUCUCAGCAGCUGUGCCCUAUGGCUGGCACGUUCAAUUAGUGACAAGUUCAAACUCCACACCUUGGCGACUUAACAUCGGUUGCUGCCAAAGGCUGUUCGCAUCACCUGUCAGCAUGAGAGGUCUACGGAGGGUGCUUUGUACUUUCCAAAACUGCUCUUCAUUUUGGACCAACCUUACAGCUUACUUUGAGGUGGUAGCUGAAUUUUUUUUCUGCUCAGCUAACUUGUCUUAUUAAGGAAAAUAGAGUAUAAUGUUGGGAAAAUGUUGCUUUUAAAAAAAGAAUCCUUUGCUGUGAUCUUCUGUUUGCCUCUGAGUCAUACUGGAUAAAAUUCUUGGCUGGCAGCCAGGUGCUAUUACUGCCCUUGUUCUGGUCCCUGAUGAUCCUCACACUUAAUAGAGGCAUCGUGUGUCCUGGGAAGAUACUGUUGAAGUUUCCUUCAAUCUGGACAUUGUUGUCAUACUCUGAUGACAAUUACUUGAAAAAAAUAAACUACUGACCUUACUUUGGGAUAAUAAAAUCACUAAGAAAUG